AUGGAUCGAAGUUGGAUAUCAAAUUCAAAACCGGGUGACCCACAAUAUGAAGCUGGAAUAAGGGAUUUCGUUAAUUUUGCGGUUCAGAAUGCCGGAGAUCGUUCUAGGUUACCAUGCCCUUGUUUCAAAUGCCAUAAUUUUUUGUAUAGACGGAUAGAUGAAAUUCUUGGUCAUUUGAGCAAGAAUGCUUUUGAUAGAACAUAUACCCGUUGGGUUUGGCAUGGGGAAAACUUUGAAGGAACUCGUACAAGUGAUUCUGGGAACGAUGUUCAUGAUGUUCAUGAACGUCCUGAUGUUAAUGACAUCCCUAAUGCUAAUGAGGGUGAUAGGUUAGGAGACAUGAUACGUGCAGCUCAAGAUAAGUUCGCUGAAAAUCCUGCCACAUUUGAGGGGGUGUUAAAAGAUUCCGAAACACCUUAUAUCCAGGUUGCAGCAAGUCAUGGUUUAACGGAUCAAUGUUUUGAUGAAGUACUUGAAGUUUUCAAAGACAUGCUUCCUGAUGAUAAUGUCUUGGCAAGUGGUGCAUGUGAGGCUAAAAAGAUAUUGAUCCCGAUGGGCUUGCCAUACGAGAAAAUUCAUGCUUGUCCUAACGAUUGCGUACUCUAUCAAAAUGAGCGUGAAUCAUUAAAGAAUUGCCCAGUAUGCAAUGCCUCGCGAUACAAGGAGAAGGUAGGAGUGCCGGCUAAGGUUUUGUGGUAUUUCCCCAUAGUUCCGAAAUUUAAACGUCUUUUUUCAAAUGCGGAUGAUGCACAAAAGUUGACAUGGCAUUUUUAUGGGCGGGACAAAGAUGGCUUAUUAAGACACCUAGCUGACUCCCCGCAGUGGAGGUUUAUUGAUGGAAAAUACCCCGAGUUUCGUAAAGAAAAACGGAACCUACGCCUCGCACUUUCAACUGAUGGUAUGAAUCCAUUUGGUUCUCUUAGUAGCAUGCAUAGUGCUUGUCCAGUGAUUUUGGUUACUUACAACCUACCACCUUCGUUGUGCAUGAAAAGAAAGUACAUGAUGCUUACAUUGUUAAUUUUCGGGCCAAAACAACCGGGAAAUGACAUUGAUGUGUACUUGGCUCCCCUCAUUGAUGAUUUGAAGAUAUUAUGGGAAAAAGGUGUCAAAGUUUUUGAUGCGCAUCAAAAUGAGACCUUUAAUCUGAGAGCAAUGUUGUUUUGCACCAUCCAAGAUUUUCCGGCAUAUGGUAAUCUUUCUGGGUAUACUGUAAAAGGGAAAACUGCUUGUCCCAUAUGUGAGGAUCGUAUAAAGGGAAAGUGGCUAAAGAAUUCGAAGAAGAUAGAAAGAUGGCUAAAACUUUGA